AUGAAAGUGGGCCGCGCCUUCGGCUGCCUUUUCUGGGCCCUUCUCUAUUGUGUGCUCUAUCUGGACCUUGUCAGCGGAAACUCCGCCGAUGAUGAGCUCCUGGACUUUGAUUUUGCGGACUCCAAGGAUGUCGUGGGUGGAGACAAUUGGCAACUGGAUGAUUUGGAGGAUCAUCAGGGAGACCAGACUGAGAAGAAGCUGGAGUCCAAUAUGCUGGACUUCAGCGUGGAUCUUGACGAGCCAGAGCCAGAGCGUCAGGUGCCGCCCUUUGACUGGCGGGAACGAGCUCUAAGGAACGCCUUGGCCAAGGCUCUAGCGGAUGAGGGACUGCGUCAAAAGUUCACUGAAGUGAUGCCCAUCCUGAGGGUUCUAUCCUCGCAGCAGCGACUGGCCUUGUCCGCUUUGAUCUCCGCCCAGAUGAACGCCAAGAAAGGACACGACCUGAAGCUAGAACAGGUUCGCAUGAUGUUUGGCAAUGACAAGAAACUCUUGCUGCCCAUUGUGUUUGAUCUGGCCAAUCUGUUAAAGAGCUCCACCCGAAAAUAUAUCAAUCUCGGAUCCGACUUGGCCUCUGCUGCUCUUUUCCACAAACCCAUCGAUCGUAGGGAGGAUGUCCUCAUAGCAGAAGAGUCCCAGCUUGAUGACCAAGUGGGUACCAUUGCCGUGACAGUCAAGCCAGAAGAGGAGGAAACCGAUGAUGAGGAGCCAUCCGAUUCCCUGGAAGACUUUUUCGAUGAGAUGCAAGCGGAGGUAUUGGAUCCGCAGAUGAUUAACGAAGCACUGCAGGCUGAUAUUCGAAAUAAUAAAACAAAGCCUUUGGAGGAGGAAAUGCAUGGACAAAGAGUGCGACGUUCGGCCAAUGAAUUUGUCCACAAACUCACGCGAUCUGUGCCCAUUUCGGUGACGGAACAGCAGCUCUUGGGUGGCAUUGCGGGACGCACUGUCAAACUGAAUACCACAGCUUUCCAACAGCCCAGUGCCUCUAAUGAGGAGGAGGAAGAGGAUGCUGUGGGUUCAAGUCAGUCUUAUGCUGAGGUGGAAGACCUGGCCUUCGCUGGCCUCAAUGGCACAGAACUCCCCCUGAGUGCGAAUGAAAGACUGGACCUCCAGCGGAACAGUGGCGAGGAUCUGGAGAAGCGGGAAGAGCCACUGCCCAGUCCCGAGGAACUCAUAGCAGGACCGCGUUACCGCCUCGGCAAGCGACCGCUUCCCGGCCAGAAAUCGGCGUCGCCCAUCAAGCGGAAGCGGGUGCAGACGGUGGCCAGUGGGCGGCCAGGACGGCCCAAGGUCGCCGCCAGUUCCCACAAGCCGGUAGUGUCGCCUCCUCACAAGAAAUGCGAGCGAUUCACCAGCAAUAUGUGCAUUCGCACCGAAGACUAUCCGCUCGAACAGAUCAUGGGCAGCAUUCGACGACACAAGAAUGCCAUGUCCGCCCUCUUGGCCGAGUUCUAUGACAAGCCCAACAAUAAUCUGGAGUUUGGCGACGAAUUCGAUGACUUCAGCUUGAGCAAAAAGAGACGUGAGGAUGAAGGCAGUGCUGGUGGCAUGUGCCAGAGCGUUGUCCGCUAUGCCCGACCCCAGAAGGCCAAGUCCGCUUCGGGAGAGUGGAAGUACAUAGUGAAUACUGGCCAGCACACGCAAACCUUGCGGCUGGAAAAGUGCAGCAAUCCGGGCGAAAGCUGCUCCUAUCUGGCGCAGACCUAUCGUUCGCACUGUUCGCAGGUGUACAACUACCAUCGCCUGCUCAGCUGGGACAAGGUCCGCGGUCUCCACGUGGACAUCUUCAAGGUGCCCACCUGCUGCUCCUGCCAGGUGGAUGGCUACCGUCAGCAGUUUCCGCCACUCUCCUCCAUCCAGGCCAAGGACUACUCGCCUCUGGCCAAUAUCAAUGCAAACAACAAUGGGUAUAGCACCAUAAACGAAGAGGAUCUGGAUUAUGCCGAUGAGAGCGAGGAGGAUGAGCUGGGCCUGCGCUAUCCCUCGUUCAAUAACCGGGAGACCAAUGAGCUCUACGCCAGCAGCAAGAAGGUGAGGGUCAAGCUACCUGGUGUCAGCACCAGCGUGGGUCCUUACCUCAGCCCUCCGGACGACGACGAGGAUCGCUAUGGAGGCGGCUUCAAGGGCUCCAGCUCCAGUUCCAGCUCCAGCUCCAGCUUCGGCUCGAAGAAGUAUUACACCCAGGCGAGCCGCCGGCGGCCGCAGCAGCAGUCGGAGGCGCGGCUGGACUUGGAUCUGGCGCCGAGCGAGACGCAUUCGGACCAAGAGCCCCACCCGCAAUAUCAUCCGCAUCACCAGGAGGAGCUGCCUUUGGCGUACGAUUUCCACAGACCACAAGUCUACCAGCCCGCACGGGAACCGCUGCCAUCGGUCCGGGAGGCGGCUAUAGCCUCACCAUCGGUGCCGGCGGUGGCCCUGCCGCCCAUGCCCAUCAAGCAGGUGCCGUCGCAGCACCCGGUGCAUCCACAGCUGCGCCACCUCAGCCCGGCCGGAGCAAGUCGCGACCCCGCUUCUAUGCCCCACCAGCCACGACGACAGCCGGCUCAGCAUCAUCAUCAGCAGCAGCAUCGCCGACACUUCCGACCCAGCACACCGCACACUGGGAGCCGGAUCGGGAGCGGGAUCAGUCGACGGCAUCACCAGCAGCAGUACAGCCGCCGGCCGUCUAUCCGGUGA